AUGGAUAAACUAAUUCUGCAAGGGCUUUUCCAACGUCGGGAACAACAGUACCUUGAAGCAUCAGCGGUCGCGUUGCUUGUUUAUGACUAUUUUACUACCCUCGAGGACGAGGUCACCUUUGUCUGGAGGAGGCCAAAAGGAAUGGGUACCGUGUUGUAUUUGUCAACCCGAUACCCGGCGUUCAUCAACCUCUCGUUAAGCUUCUACCAUAUUAUCACCCCGGGUUUGUCACAUCAGCAAUGCAUGAUAUUUGACAAGGCCAUGGGAUACUCGUUUAUGGUUUGA